CCUUAUCUGUAAUUCCUAAAGACCUUAAUCGCCAAUUCGCCAUCGCCAUUCGCCUCAAUCGCCUGUGUUGUUCGAUAGAUCGAGAGCGUGAGAGCCAAGAGGAUUCGCCGUCUCGUUCGUCAGUCCCACCCUCCACUCUCGAGUCUCGCCCGCUGCCCAGCGCCGACUCGGCUACUCCCUCGCCUGAAAUUCUCAAUCGUCGAGUGCCUGAGACGCCCACUCCCUCAAUCCCAAUCGAAUCAGCUACGGGUACUCAUCUCGCCUCCCUCGUCUCCUUCUCUGUAAUCCCUAGUCUCCUUCUCUAUUAGGUUUCUUGUUGUCAAAUUGUAUUAUUCUUAGACUUUGUUUCCAAAUAACAUUUGAAACUUUUGAAUUUGGCUAAAGUCUUGGACCGAUGAACACCCCUAGCGUCAACCACUCAACCCUAUCUUAUUUUCUUCGCCUCACAGCCACAAAUCGCCGUCUCCCUCACCUCUCCCUCUCAUUUCCUGUCGUCGCCCUCUCUGCCAAAUCGCAAAUCGCCAUCUCCACAUGAAUCUCCGUCGCUUCUUUGCCCUCUUCACAGACUGAAUCGUCGUCUCCCUCACCACCGUGUCUCACUCAUCGCGCAAAUCACCAUGUCCAUCUUAGGUGCAAAUCAUCGUCUCCCUCUCCGUCGUUUGUCAUCCCCUGAAUCUCCACCUUCUCCGUCAUCAGUCAGUCCACUAUCGUCUCUCUCUCACCCUUCGGAUUCAAACAGUGGCACAACACGCAGGUAAUUUUCAACUUACUUAUCAAUAAACCACCAAUUUUUUUCAAGGUUGCUUCAUUUUAAAGGAUCCUAGAAUCUGGUUUUAUUUGUUUAUAUUUCGGCACUGCUAUGCUCUGGUUGUUUUUGUUUAUAUUGCUCCAACUUGUAUAUAUUGCUAUAGUCUGGUAAUGUAUAAUUGCUUUUGCUAUAUAUAUAUAUAUAUAUAUAUAUAUAUAUAUAUAUAUAUAUAUAUAUAUAUAUAUAUAUAUAUAUAUAUAUAUAUAUAUAUAUAUAUAUUGAAGCCCAGCCCAGCCAAAGCCCAAAACUCCCUAGCCUUUCCGUUCCACGGUAGAAAGCGGAAGUAGCCAAACGCCCAAACCCAAGCACGAACGGAAAUUGAAAAAGACGCUAGAAGGAAAUUGCCGAGAGAGAGAUUCCGUCGCCCGCCUGCACGCUCCACUGCUGCAGAGUCUAGCCGCUGCCCGCCAGACACCACCUCUCCAGAAACUCUCCCGCCUCGAGGUCCAAGAGUCCAUGUACAGAGACCAAUGGGGAAUUAGGGAUAAGACUUCUAAGUCCUUUUUUUCCUGUCUCGGCCCAUGCCGUUGAAGUCUCAGAACUGGCCCUGUCAGUCAUAUGAAGCAGCUAAUUAUAGACUAGAGCUCAGAGAGUUUGCGAUUGGCAAUGUUUUACGUCAACAUGUCGGAGGACUCCAUCAUCAGAAACUACCAAUAUUGGAUGUUUUGGGACCAUGUUGCGGAGAAGUACAACGUCAAGUGGCCCAAUGUUGCACCAUGCUUCGGAAACUUUGGGAGCGUGUGCAGAAGGUUGUCUAAGUAGUGGCAUUAGACCUGAUCAAAGUGCUCACAGAUUAUAGUUACAUGAUUGGGUAUUUAUAAGAUAUAAAUUAGGGUUAACAACUUGCUAAACAAGAAACAACUAAUGGGCCCUUUAAUUAAUAACUAAAACCGGCCCCCCAUAUUUCUUCUCUUUAACCGACCGGGCUUAAAGCCCAAAGCUCUAAAGCCUUCACCGAAUAACCCAACAAUCUCCCACUUGAAGGAUUUCGCAUAGACACAAAUGCCAUCCAAGUAAACCCAUCAUGAGUAACUCAGUAAUCUUCACUGUCAAGUCCUCCAAGCCUCCAGUUCCCAAGAACAAGCUAAGACUCCAGUUAUAUCCCCUAGUUGCAACCACCCCCUUCAUUAAUAACCUGAAAGGACAGUUGAAGCUC